GAGCUUCGGCGUUUUGAGCACGUAGACAAGUUCUGGGUUCUUCCAGUCGGCCAACCCGUAGAGGAACCACCGUAGAGACGCAGAUAAAAGGCCACAGAUUAAUUAGAACCAAAUAAGACAGCACAAAGUUCGCGUAGAGAUACACGAGAGGAAAACAAGAUGGUGGCUAAACAGAGGAUUCGCAUGGCGAACGAGAAACACAGCAAGAACAUCACACAGCGAGGAAACGUAGCUAAGUCAGCGAGGAAUCUGGUCGAGGACAAAGGCGUCGGUCCGUGGCUGCUCGCUCUCUUCGUCUUUGUCGUUUGCGGAUCAGCUAUUUUCCAGAUCAUCCAGAGCAUCAGGAUGGGCAUGUAGUGAUGCCACAGAGGGGGGGCUACAGCUGUAAGCCACAUAUGAAGAAUCUGGAUCAUCAUCAGACCAUUGUGUUCCCACCCUGAACUGAACCCGGCAAAACAGUUUGAACUCUGACAUCAAACAGACCCGCUCUCCCCCAGUUGACCAAUCAGCCUGCAGCCCGCCCCACCUGAGGUGCCCCUCCCCCCGAGUUUCCUCCUGUUAUCUGUGUUGAUUUAAUGUGUUGCUGCCAUCAACCUUCUCACUCUGUCUGCCUGUAAAACAAACACGUGCCUUUCUCUGUGUACUUGCGUGGUGGUGUGGGGGGCAUAGUCCAACCUGCAGCUGUGAACUGUUCCAGUGUUGAGCUGAGACCAAAAUAACUUUUCUUGCUGAUCCAAAGCAUCUGGGACCUUUCUGUCACAUUCCAGCUGUGAGUCUGUCUUGGUCCUCUUUUGAAUCAGAAGGUUUCCAGGAGCCCACAGGUGUGUCUGCACUGUGUGCAGCUUCACCUGAGCAAUUGUGUUGUCAGAAUAAAGUUUGAAGAUGGACACAA